AUGGCUAGUGGAGGAAGCAAACGUGAUCCUGCAUGGAAACAUGAUUUUCCAAUUGACGGUAAUAAAAGUGGAACAAUAUGCAAAUAUUGUAAUCGCGUGAUGAAGAGUGGUGGAGUAACACGAUUAAAAUACCACCUUAAUGGUAUUGAUCCUUCACACAAUGUACAACCUUGUGGUCAAAUGCCUCCUGAAGUUAAAAAAUUCAUAAUAGAUUUGUUAAAAGGAAAACAACAAUGUAAGAUCAAAAAAGCAAAUAGAAUGGAAGAGAUUCGUGCAGAUUUACAAGGACAACUGCAUGCUGAAACAUAUGAUGUGGAUGAUGAGGAUGAUGAUGACAUAACAUAUCCACCUGGAAUGGAUCCAUAUGAGAAAAAUGAUUAUCGAGAGGCAAUUCGUGCUUCUAAACAAUCAGAGUGGGAAAGAAGUCAUUUCCACAAAGUUCAAUAUCAAGCUGAAGGAGGCGAAUCUAGCAGUUGUGCUAAACCUGCAGAUCAUAAAUACAUAUAUGAUCAAUUGAAGAAAAUAAUUCUGGAAGUUGGGAAGAAAAAUGUGGUACAAAUUGUAACAGAUAAUGGCUCUGCAUUUGUUAAAGCUGGGAAAAAAUUGAUGGGCAAUUACAAUUUAUACUGCACUCCAUGUGCAGCAUAUUGCAUUGAUCUCAUGUUUGAAGAUAUUGGGAAGAAUGAGAAUGUGGCUAUUGUGAUCAAGUAG